UAAGAAAACGUGCUACAAGCUUGAAAUCACCUUUCACACCGUGGCCGAGGAAACGUCGAUACUCUAAGUUAGAACCACCUACUUUUGAUCCUUUCAGGCAGCCUAUUGAAGAGGAUGUGCAAGCAUUCUUCAGGUGGUACAAUGGCGAUACAAACGGUAGAAGAACCAUUCGUUGUGGCCAGACAUCACAUGAUAGAAGUUGUUUUGAGAUAUUGUUGGCAAAGCAACGGUAUAUUGAUAGUGAGGUAAGCUUUAUCAUUCGAAUAGAUCAUAAUUAUUAUAUCAUAUUAUCAUCAUAACUAACAAUGAGAAAAUAAUUUUUUGGCAGCAUGUAGAUGAAAUUACCUAUUUAUUUAGGAAAAGAAUGGAUAAGUUUCAUAAUGUCUUUCCAAAAGAUAUAUGCAUAUUGACAGAUGAGUUUGGACAGCGUGUGCGUGCUCUGUACAAAGAAUCUCGAGAGGAGAACAAUAAUGUAUGUAAGACCAAUGAAGAGCUAAUGAUGUUUGGCGAAGGUACCAGGCCAAUUAGAGGAAGAAUUUGGUCAGAUGUCAAUUACUUCUAUGUGCCUUGGAAUGAUGAUAAACACUGGAUGUUAGUGGUAGUUGACAGACAUAGUUGGACAAUAUUGAUUUAUGACUCGAUUCCAGAUCACUGGAUCUCCAUAGAGGCAAUGAAAAAAUCUGUGGAGCCACUUGCAGCAUAUUUUCCUUUUUUACUUAAAAACAGUUGCCAUAUUGGGAGCCUCCAUCAUCAGUGUAGUGAUCUCAUGAGUAUAAAAGUAGCUCCUGCAAAUACUGUUCCUCUGAACAAGAGAACCGGAGAUUGUGGUAUAUUCAUGCUUAAGACAAUGGAAAUGCACAUUGCUGGUAAGUGCAACGAGUCAGCUACAAUGUUGCUCAACGACGACAACAUAGAUACAUACAGGAAGGCAUAUGCAGUUCAAUUAUAUGUGGGUAGUGCAGAUCCUUAAUUAACCAUGUCUUUGUUCGUAAUUCUGAAUUUUGUAAUUUUGUGGAUAAACUUGAAUUUACUCUGAACGACCGCAAACGACCUUGAAUUUAUACUAUGCGACCAUCAUGGUCUUUUAUGUUCUUCAACAAACUUUAAAGAACUUGAAUUUGCUCUGAACGACCAUAAACGACCUUGAAUUUAUACUAUGCGACCAUCAUGGUCUUUUAUGUUC